AGUGCGGUUCAAGAUUUGAUAUUGAGUGCACAUUUUUAUCGUUUGUAUUUUUAGUUAGAUAAAUAUUUUAUUAUAAUGUACUGUAUCAUAGCGACGAUAGUUGCAUUAUUGUAUAUUUUCUGGGACGUUAACUAUUUUCUUCGAAUCGCUUUCACAAUAGGUAUUGGAAGAUUAUUCCAAAAGAAAACUGGAAUUAAUGAAACCUCAACAAUUUACGGUUUUUGCACUACUCAAGAUGUAGAUAUAUUUUUGAGACAUAUGAACAAUGCUCGUUACGUUCGUGAACUUGAUUUUGCCAGAUUUCAUUUCUAUGAUAGAACGGGUAUAUACGCAAACAUAAAAGCAGCUGAUGGACAUGCGAUGCAAGGCGCAUCAAGUAUCCGUUAUAGGAGAACGAUACCCAUAUUCACGGCGUACAAAGUGGAAACAAAGUUGGUAUAUUGGGAAGAUAAAACUCUUUUCAUAGAGCAGAAGUUUAUUACAUUGAGUGAUGGUUUCGUGAGGGCUGUUGUGUUGUCAAGACAGAAUCUAAUUAAUAUUGACGCAGAUACGCUUCUGAAAAAUAUACCAGGUGCAGAAGUUAAGCCUGAAUGUCCGGAGGAAAUAAAACAUUGGCUUGAAGCAAUUGAAAUCUCAAGCGCUAGACUAAGGAAGAAGGAUUAAGCUUAAAAUCUAAAAAACAAUAAAUAUAUAUAA